AUGGCAGCCGCUCAGGUUAUUUCGAACUCGGGGCACGAAGACAUGAUUCACCCCCCGUCGCCGGCGAAUGCGAUUGAGCUGACAAUUCAAUUCCACAUGCAGCACGAUGCCGGACUGGACUACUACGGUCGCAGGCUAGCCACCUGCUCCUCCGAUAAAACGAUUAAGAUCUUCGAGAUUGAGGGAGAAUCGCACCGCCUGGUCGAGACCCUGAAGGGUCACGAAGGCGCGGUUUGGUGCGUCGCAUGGGUUAGUUGGAUAACACCAUUGAUUACUCUAGAACCUCCGCGCAAGUUGACUGACCGACAAUCCCGUCCCUCGCAGGCUCACCCCAAAUUCGGCACCAUCCUGGCAUCCUCCUCCUACGACGGCAAGGUCUUGAUCUGGCGCGAACAGCCUCAGAAUGCCACCUCCCCCGUCGGUGGCAGCACAUGGACCAAGGUCUUUGACUUCUCUCUCCACACCGCUUCCGUCAACAUGGUAUCGUGGGCCCCUCACGAGAGUGGCUGUCUCCUUGCUUGCGCCUCCUCCGACGGCCAUGUCAGUGUUCUCGAGUUCCGCGACAACAACUGGACACACCAGACCUUCCAUGCGCACGGAAUGGGCGUGAACUCGAUCAGCUGGGCUCCCGCUGCUUUCACGGGAAGCUUGAUCAGCUCCAAUCCCGGACCUGGACAGCAGAGACGGUUUGUGACCGGUGGUAGUGACAACCUGGUCAAGAUCUGGGACUACAACCCCGAGUCCAAGACUUACAACCUUACUCAAACCCUCGAAGGUCACUCUGACUGGGUCCGUGAUGUGUCCUGGUCUCCUAGUAUCCUCUCCAAGUCGUACAUCGCCUCGGCCUCGCAAGACAAGACCGUCCGCAUCUGGACUUCCGAUGCAUCUAACCCGGGCCAAUGGACCAGCCAGACACUCGAAUUCGACAGUGUGCUCUGGCGCGUGAGCUGGAGCUUGAGCGGUAACAUUCUCGCUGUCAGCGGUGGCGAUAAUAAGGUGAGCUUAUGGAAGGAGAAUCUUAAGGGUCAGUGGGAAAAGGUGAAGGACAUCGAGGAGUAG